AUGUCGGCCGCAGGUUCUAAUUCGAGGCCACUCAAAUCCGCCUUUGCAAACAAGAGAAAACAGGGUGCUCCAGGAGACAAUGGCCGCGAUGGAGGAGGGAAUGGUGGCGGAGGCGGCUGGGCGCAGAAACGCGUCAAGAUCCGCCAGGACAGAGAGAUAGCUGCGCAACAGUCAGAAGCUGCUCUCAAAGACGGCGAGCUAGAUCUGCAGGCGUUUCUGAACGCGCGUGAGUUCGAGAUUAAGGCCCUCGAGGAAAGCAUGCGGCACACCAAGGCCGAGGCUACGAGCCGCGCUUUUCAGCAAGUUCCCCGCGGCAUGCGACGACGGACGGCGAGUCACAAUGCGAAGAGGGUACCUAAAAGGCUGCGGAGGAGGGCGCUGAAAGAGAUGAUGGAGGACAACACGCCAGUCGUGAUCUCGAGACGCAGAAAACCCAAAACGACGAGAGCAAGGAUCCGCGCAGAGACGGCGAAGAGGCUGGGUACCUUGGCGGAGAAGAAGCGCAAAAGGCAGGCAAAGGCAGCCAAGGAAAAAGAGAAUAAUGGGGAGGCAGGCGAGGUGGCGAAUGGAGGCAGGGUUACGGUCACGACGAGGGCGCCGAGAGUCAAGAUACGACGGAACCAACUCAACGAUCCACCGAAGCGUAAAUCAAAGUUCAGGAAGCGCCAGAUCAACAAGACCUGGUUACCGACACAUCUGUGGCAUGCGAAGCGAGCGAGGCUGACCGAGCCCAAGAAUCCCCUUUGGAGGUUCGCUAUACCCCUGACGCCCAACGAGAAAGUAUACCGAGCGACACAUCGCGCACAGGGGGAGAAAGGCGUGGUUGCUUGGGAUACGAGCUACAUAAGCACAAUCGGGCUCUAUGGUACUGCCAAGGGUGUAGAAACAGUUUUGCGCAAGCUGGGCGUCACACAGGAAAGCUGUUGGAACGACAGGGGAGCCAGGUGGAGGACUGGUACUCGGCAUUGGACGGGCUUCUUGAGCAAGGAGAUCCGAGAUGUAAGACGAGAUAUAUGCCCUGCUUCAAUUGUCUGGAACCCGGAGUCUGCACCAGAAACCUCCACUUCGGAAGGCACAGCCAAACCGGACAAAACUCAAAGGCAGGUCUUUGUCAGAGUUCACCCAUCCGCAUUCCUUGAGGUCUUCAACGAGCUUCUUCGGUUGGUGAAGAUGCAGAACCCUAGACCAUACAUUGAAGACUUGCGGUUUGAGAUUGGCAGCAUUGAACUCACCGGCCCAGCUUCGACUGAAGCUCUCAUGGGUAUCCUGCACCCAUAUCACACGAAGGAGCAGUCUAAGGAGCAACACGCAGAGGUGUUUGGAGGCCUUACCAGCGUGAUGAGCCCAGCAACACUUCCUCCGAACGCCGUCCUUGCGUUUUCCAUUAUGGACCCCCGCCUUCGAUAUCCCCCGAAAAAGGUAAACGCGCCAAACCCAGAUGAUGAGACGGUGCAAAAUGCAGCCCUGAAAUUGCUGGCAGAGUGGCCGACAGACUCGGGCUUGAAGCCUUACGGUCUAUUUCAAAGAGACGCCCGGGCCACAGCAUCUCAACUUCCGUCUCAAAAGUCAAUAGAUCGACGGAAGGGAGCAAAACGGCCUGGCACGCUUCUUGAUGUUUCUGACAUCGACCCAGCAAUUCCCAUUCUUCUGCUGGCUUCCCGCUCAGGCACAGGCACACAAGUGCAGGGCAAUUGGACACUACUGGCGCCAUGGAGGUGUAUCCAACCGAUCUGGCAUAGCCUCGUGCACUUUCCCUUAACCUCGGGGGGGAAUCCACGUUUUUCGGGUCUGAAUGAGAUCAGGCAGGUCGCGUUUGAGCGAAACCAGCCAUGCUUCCCAUUCGACCACUUGGGAACCAACGCUGGCGCAGAGUGGGAACUGGAGGAGCGUGAAAAGCGAAAGCGAGAAUGGGAGCGUCGGCCCAAGAGCAAACGUGUAGCUUGGGAGUCACUCGAUCUAGGAGCUGGGCGCAAAGGAGAGAUUGGAAACGGCUUCGCUUGCGAUAUCGAGUAUUUGUUCCAAAAGAAGACACAAGCCACGACUACGCCAUCUCCUGACAAAAUGGACGUGGAUAGGCCUGCCACUGAAAAGGAAUCAUGCUCAGGGACCUCUACUGGAGGAUUUCUCAAGACCCUUCACCAGGUCCGAAAGGAUCUGUUCAAGGCAUGCACAUCAGCAACGAGACCUACGCCUCUCCCAGAACGCGCCGUUAUCAACGUCAAUGUUUCCAUGCUCAGCCGCGGUGUAGCAAAAACUUGCGCUAGGAUUUAUCGUCUACCGGCACGCCCGAAAUCCGUCCUCCCUGCCUCCUCGGCCGAGGUCCCUGCAACGGUACCGCCCCAGCCAAAGUCUACCAAUGGCCUACCUUACGAUCUCCGCAGCCAGUGGCUCGCGGUUUUGCCUGACUCACCGUCCAAGGUUUCCAAGAGCCAAGUACAAACAAAGCAGCGAAUUCCCCCGAACGCAGACCUCCAAACGCGCAAGAAGCUUCUGGCUCAGACCCUGGUCAGUCCCGCAGAAUUUCCACCGCCUAAGCCCAAUCAGACAGAUAUGAACGGCCAUCCACUGGUCCCUAACGAGGAAGACCUCAUCGGUUUCGUUACGACGGGCUCAUACUCACUGAGUGAGGGCAGAGCGACGGCCAUCGGAUGUCUUUCGGCCGAAAGGGCUGCAGAGGCUCUUAGGGAAGGGAGAAAGAGCGGAGAGGGCAACUUAUGCAUUAGUAACGAACACCGCUUGAAGUUUCACCUCACGCCUUAUUUCACAAUGGCUACAGAGCCCUUCCCUAAGCCUACCUCGAUCACGGGCGGCUGCCUCUGCAGCUCCAUCCGUUACCGCGUUGACUUUCCACCAUCACAUGACUUUGUCUCGGCCUCACACACUUGCCAAUGCACCCAAUGCCGGCGCACCACAGGUUGCCUCUUCCUCUCGCUUCAUUCGGUGCCUCGUUCCGCCUUCACCUUCAUCCCCUCCGCCAUGACGAAGGAUACGGCGACGUCGGAACCGACAACUCUAAAAUCAUACCGCACGACUCCAGGAGCUGAGCGCUGCUUUUGCGGUGAUUGCGGCUCGUUUCUCUUUUGGCGAUCCGACGCUGAGGACGAGAUGUAUCUAGCCGCCGGGUGUGUUGACCCUGAAUUCCUCUUCGGCGAGGAGCGCGGCCCUGAAGGGGACGAAGCUGCGGGCAAGCAGAGAAAUGAAGGGUUCGGUAGGGCGUUGGCUGGGGCGAAGACGCACGUGUGGUGCGCCAACGAGAUCGCUGGCGUCACCGACUCUAUGUUGCGAGGCAAGAAAAUAGAAAGGGGUUCAGAGCAAGGGGUCAUUUUAUACGAAGACUAG